GUGAAAGCAUGAAGUCGCACACUUCAGAGUUGUUUUGGACGCGUCAUAAAUACUAACUGCAUGGCGCCUCAGUGUUAACGUUCUGAAUUUCCACCGAUGAGUCGCCAUCUUUUGUACGUUUCGAAGUUCUAUCAGUUUGUGUGGUCAGUAAGUUUACCGACUUUCAAACAACAUUUUAGAUUUUCCUACAAGAACCUGAAGAAUACUGCAAACAAAUAGAUACAAUCUGAUCUACUUAAAGCUUGACGGACGAAAAUCUAUGCAGAGUCCAGAUUGGAGCGGAAAUACAUUUGUGGUCCCCGUCGUCAAAAGCUAAAAUGAUCACCAGACGAAGAGGUCAUUCAGACAACACCGAUGUGGAGGUGCAGAUCUCAAAUUGUCCUUUUGAAAUUGAAGUCCCUGACUUUGUUGAAACUAUACAUUUUAAAACGAGUCCCUAUGAAGACAUGAGCUCAGAGAAUGGGGAUAGUACAGUUGGAUUAGAGCUUGAUGGUUUAUUUGGAAUCGACAAGUUAAACUGGACAUUUGAGAAGGACGCAGUCUCCCCUCUUUUCGACAUUGGAUUGACCGAAUUAGGUGUGGGUGACACAACAGAUCAAGAUUUUGGAAUCAACGCGUCCAGGACGCCAUCGCCAGAAGGAAUGUCUGCUGGUCAGAAAAGGAAGUGGAGAGAGAACCCGUCUGGGCGCAUGAUCAACAAGAACGCCAUCGCUGCAAGAAUGAAUCGUCUGAAAAAGAAGGAAUACGUCAAUGGGCUGGAGAAUAAAGUCGGGUCUCUGUCGUCAGAAAACCACAUACUUAAACAGGAGAACGUCCAAUUGAAUAAGAGGGUGGAAGAGUUGGAAGAUGAGUCGAGGUACCUGAGAGCUGUGUUGGCCAACGAGAGUAUGUUAGCCCAGCUGUUGUCAAGGCUGAGCGGUGUGAACGGCAUGAAAUUAUCUUCCUCACUUUUCCAGGAGUCCAACAAGAACGAAGACCAUGAUUAUGCCUUGCCUAGGAAACUUGUGAAGAUGGAGACUUCUGGUGGCAUCUGUCUGCACGUGGACAAGAACCACGUCUCAGUGGAGUUCUGCAUGAAGUGUGCAGAGAGUGCAAGCUCAUCACUCAAAAUGUAGGGUCAAGUACUUUUAUCUGUUUUCAGAUGUUGAGACUGAACCUGCUUUAACUUCAGAGUAAAAAAAAAUAUCAGGGGAAUUUAUGAACACUUAAAACUGUUUUGAGAUCAUUACUUAAGAAAUGUUGAAUGAGCAUUUGUGAAAUCUUAUGAAACCAAUGAUAUAAGAACUCGUUACUCGUUAAACCUUGUUGCCAGUUUUCUUCUAGGUGAUGAUUGUUCAACCAUGCUGGAUGAAUGGGUUACAGAACAUCCCUGUCUGCUUGGCUCCAUGGUAAGGAUCUCUUAACAAGAAAAGCUGAUUUGAUACCUUCUCGGAUGUUUAUCAAGGUUAUUUCAAGUUUUAAAAUAACUUUAGGUAUAGUAUACACUGGAACAUAUGUUUCUCUGUUAGUUUGAGUUGAGUAAUUACUUCAAUUUGUUCAAUUUAUAUUCAACUUUUCUUUUAUUAAGCUCUGUGCAUUAAGAAUUUAACCUGUAAAUAUACAAAUUUAACUGAUUUCACGCCCAAAUAUAAAGAAAUGGGGCCUUUUUGAAUUUAGCAGUCAAGUUUUAUUGGAAUUGAAGAAAAAAUAAAUGGAGUACGGUGAUGUUUCACAAAGAGUUUAAUCGUAGAAUAUUAUUAGUUCAUAUUGGCUCUAACCAGAAUGGGGAAGAAACAACACAUAUAGUUGGUUACCACGGUUUGGUUAGAAAUGGUCUCUUUGUGAAACAUUACUAUUCUGCUGAAGGAUGUUUUUAUUUAGCGGCCCUAUUUUUCUUUAUUGCUAAAGUGGAUUCUGCUGUCGGGGAAGCUGAAGAGGCGGAACCCGCUGCUGCCAACUUGGCCUGUUAUUUUUUUUUGAAGGUAGUAUAACAAAUAGUGUAAGUGACUACAUUUUACCAGUAUCCCACCACACCUUUGAAAAAAUGAGUGAAUUAAGAAUUUUGUGGAUGACAAGUGUUCCACUACCUAUUGCAUUGACAAUAUCAGAGGUCGUAUAAUAGUUUCUUCACAAGUUUAACUUGACUUGUGUUGACACUUUUGAAUGUAACCCAGUUGUAAAAGUAUAUUUUGUUAUUGAUGUGGUGAUCCUGAUAGUUUAUACAACAUUGGUGAAGUCCAUUUCUGAGUCAGUAUGUCUUGAAGAAUUAUGUAUAAUACAAGAUUUUGUGCCAAAAUCUCUAAACGAGAGAACAAUGUUUCAGGAAGAUUGAUAUUGAUAAAGUAAUUGACAAUAAAUCUUAUUUUGAUUAUACAUG